GUUGUGCUUUGCGGUUUGCUGAUGGAGCUGAACAGUAUUUUCCUACAUUCACGCUCCAUGCUGAAUCUGUAUCGCGUGAAUAAAACAUCAACAGCAUUCCGUAUUAUUGCAUUACUAAAUAUUGUAACAUUUAUUAUUUUUCGCUUAGCUGUGAGCGCCUAUUUGCUGUACUGGCAUUUCUCCACUGCCUGGAAAAUGACGUGGUAUAUCACACUGGUUACAUUUGUUGUGAUCGUCUCACUAGCAAUCACCAAUGUGGUACUUCUCUAUCGGUUGGUUUGUUUUUUCCCUCGUUUUUUAAAGCAAAAAAAAUAUUUGUCAAAAUCAGCGGACUCCACGCCACCGCCGUAA